UGUUAGUGCUACUGGCAAGAACACGUAACGUUAGCUAGCUAACAAAGCUCGAAAUGCAACAUCUCAAGGAAAAAGGUCCCUUUCUUCCCACAGCGUCUCUGCGUCUUUUGGUUCCUCCACUGCGGCUGGUGUCUGCAGCUCUAUGGCAGGUUGUUCAGCGGAGAGACAUCGUGGACUACGGCUCGGUGGAGGAGUUUGUCAUCACUGUGUUGGACAUAGUCCCGGAUCUGAUGACUUACAGAGAGAAAGUCCAACUCAUCAUGGGCCUGAGAGCACAGCUGGUUCUGAAGUUGUUGCACUCAGAACACCUAGCUGACUCUGACACCAUCCAGUCACACCUGAAUAGAAUGAAGACCUGCAGCAUCACUCAUAGGGACAACCAGGUGAGUGUCACUCAGAACACCUAGCUGACUCUGACACCAUCCAGUCACACCUGAAUAGAAUGAAGACCUGCAGCAUCACUCAUAGGGACAACCAGGUGAGUGUCACUCAGAACACCUAGCUGACUCUGACACCAUCCAGUCACACCUGAAUAGAAUGAAGACCUGCAGCAUCACUCAUAGGGACAACCAGGUGAGUGUCACUCAGAACACCUAGCUGACUCUGACACCAUCCAGUCACACCUGAAUAGAAUGAAGACCUGCAGCAUCACUCAUAGGGACAACCAGGUGAGUGUCACUCAGAACACCUAGCUGACUCUGACACCAUCCAGUCACACCUGAAUAGAAUGAAGACCUGCAGCAUCACUCAUAGGGACAACCAGGUGAGUGUCACUCAGAACACCUAGCUGACUCUGACACCAUCCAGUCACACCUGAAUAGAAUGAAGACCUGCAGCAUCACUCAUAGGGACAACCAGGUGAGUGUCACUCAGAACACCUAGCUGACUCUGACACCAUCCAGUCACACCUGAAUAGAAUGAAGACCUGCAGCAUCACUCAUAGGUACAACCAGGUGAGUGUCACUCAGAACACCUAGCUGACUCUGACACCAUCCAGUCACACCUGAAUAGAAUGAAGACCUGCAGCAUCACUCAUAGGGACAACCAGAUUUGUGAUCCUGAGGUGGAGGCAUCAGAAUCCAACUUCCUGAAGCUGAUUAAAACGCUGCUGGAAGACCCAGUUGAGAGAGAACGCUUCUUUCAGAACGUUUUUCCAGAGGAAUUCGGCCCAAAGUAUCACUCCGCACUGCAGACUCUGGUGUGGGAGUUCCUCUCCAGACUGGAGAAUCUGCUUCCAACACCGACCCUUCAACAGACUGCAUCUUGGUUUCUCCCUGACCCCUCUGUCCUGGAGGAGUGUGGGCAGUCUGUGCGUCACCCUCAACCUUUGAGGACCCUUCUCCAGUACCACACCAACCUUUCUCCAGUCCCACAUGUUGAGGCCAAUGACAACCACAUCCUGUCUCCAUCUCCCCGAGAGUCAUUCACUGACCAAGCUGACCCAGAGAUCCAAUCAGAACCCUUACAGACAUUUAUGACCAUUCAAAGCCCUGCAUCAUAUUACUUUGAGUCAGAAACACCUUCGCUGGAUUACAGGGAGAGUCAACAAGGGAUGAAUUUAGACCGCACUGCAAAUGUCGACAUUCUGCCUUUGAAUGAAGAGGUAGAGUGUGUAAACAAGGAAACUCUUGACAAAGAGAGUGAAAUGGAUCAAGUUUUUCUUCACCUUCGUGCUGACAGUGGGCCGAAAAUCCAACCAGGAGCUCACCGCUUCGAAAAGGAAAUGCAGGACAUUUCUAAUGUGUCUACGUCCUGUCGGCUCCUUAAGCCCACGGUGCUGCUGCACAGACUUGACAUUACUGAUAUGCUGUCACCUGUGUCAGAGGUCUUUCCAACGCCGAGCAGAGAGAGGCUUCAGAUUGACAAUGUGGAAACCCAAGGACAGAGAGAAGGACGGGUCAUAUCACAAAAGAGCGAGAGGAAUGUCGACGUAGAGCCCUCAGAUAGCCAGCCUCAAUAUCCUCUGGUCCCUGGCCUAUGCCAUACUAAGAGGAGUGUCGACGUAGAGCCCUCAGAUAGCCAGCCUCAAUAUCCUCUGGUCCCUGGCCCAUGCCAUACUAAGAGGAGUGUCGACGUAGAGCCCUCAGAUAGCCAGCCUCAAUAUCCUCUGGUCCCUGGCCCAUGCCAUACUAAGAGGAGUGUCGACGUAGAGCCCUCAGAUAGCCAACCUCAAUAUCCUCUGGUCCCUGGCCCAUGCCAUACUAAGAGGAGUGUCGACGUAGAGCCCUCAGAUAGCCAGCCUCAAUAUCCUCUGGUCCCUGGCCCAUGCCAUACUAAGAGGAGUGUCGACGUAGAGCCCUCAGAUAGCCAGCCUCAAUAUCCUCUGGUCCCUGGCCCAUGCCAUACUAAGAGGAAUGUCGACGUAGAGCCCUCAGAUAGCCAGCCUCAAUAUCCUCUGGUCCCUGGCCCAUGCCAUACUAAGGGGCAGCCUAAAAGAAGCAUGCGUGUCAAAAUAUGCUCCUUGUGUGGGAAAACUUUCAGGGAAGCAAAGGAUUUGACAGCACACAUAACAUCUCACACUGAGCAGAGGCCUUACCAGUACACCCUGUGUAGACGAGACGUUGAACACCAUGAGGACUUACAGAAACAUCGUCAGAAUGUGUGUGAGGUGGCAAUUCAACCAGAAGAGGAUAACACGUCUGCGACAUCUACGGAGGAUUGCACAGAGAUAUCCCAGCCCCACGACACUUUACCCCAGAGAAGGCACAUGAAAAUCCAACAUGGUAAACCAAGACAGUCUUCCAAAGUCACCAAAUGCUCCCUGUGUGAUAAGACCUUCAGUAAGGCAUCACACAUGGGGAAGCACAUGAGAUACACACAUGGGAAGCUCCUGUGCCUCAACUGUGGGGAUGUUUUUGAGAACUCCACUUUGAAGAAACAUAAAAAAGUGUGUUUGAAGACAAAGAAACGUCUCUCUUGCUCUCUGUGCGGGGACACCUUUGAUCUCUCUGAGCCAAACGAGCGUGAGGACGUGAACCCACAGCAACUUCCGAGGAAGGCUCUUCCAGAGGCCAGCGCUCUUUUAGCAGCAGUAGAAAAUGCGACAGAGAUACCUCAGCCCUCAAACACAACACCCCAAAACCCAACCACCUCCAAUGCUCUGCCCUUUCAGCUAGCUAAUCAUUACAGAAAAUGCCUUUUAUGUAAAGAAGCUUUUGAUAAUGGAGAAGACCUGAGAAGACAUCUGAGAUUUCAACAUGGUGUACUUCCUUACCUGUGCUUCAAAUGUGGGGAGAGUUUCCAAAGCACAUCUGAUCGGGAGAAACACUCGGACGAGUGUUCCGGUCAAAACAUUCCAGAUUCCAGAAAGUGUCCCGGGUGCAGGACAAGGACUUCUCAAUAUAGGCAGCAGCAGGAAAUGACAAGUCAGGAAGUGAACCUUAAAAGACACCAGACAGCCUGGCCACUACAUACAGGGGAAAAGGAGAUGGAGAUCCCACAGUCCAGCAGCACAGACGUUGACUUCUCAAAUGACUCUCAGCAACACCAGAUAAACCAAUCAGUCAAUCAAUCAAACUUAUUGGUAAGGUGCUUUUUCGAUCAGCGAACUGCUCUCGCAGUAAGUCGGUCUGGACCCCGAAGAGCCAACCAGUGUGAUGAGAGGAACAUUCAGACACAGCAAGACUUUAAUGAGGAAGUCAAUCCAAGCCAAACACUAAGGGAGGUUGACCCAGCAGGUGAAAGCACAUCUCAGCCUUCAAGGGGGAACGGGAUAGAGACUCCCCACAGUACUGAAUCCCACAACCCAACAACCUGCCAUGCUUCCCCCACUCUGCCCCCCGGUGUGAAUUUAGAUUCUAGAACAUGUCACGUGUGCUCUAAGAGUUUUCGUAGGAAACAAUCCCUGAUUUUGCAUCUGAGACGUCACGGUGAGGGGGCCAUUAAGUGUCCCAUAUGUUCAAGGUGCUUUGGUCGCAACAGGGAUUUAAAGUUUCACCUAGCCAACAAAUCAGGUUGUGGGCCACUGCGCCGUAAUCUUACCACCGUAAUCGUUCCCACAAAAGACACGUCGGUCUUCACUUGCCCCGAAUGUCUGCAACAGUUCACAAGCGAAAAGAAACUGAAAUCCCACAUGGUAUGUCACACAGGAGAUGGCUUCUCCUGUAGCUUUUGUGGCAAAAUGUUUGCCGGACAUAAUCAAUUAAAGUUUCAUAUUCGUUGUCAUAGUUACAGGCCUUAUCUGUGUGAUACGUGUGGCAAGGAUUUCCCAUCUCAGAGUGCGUUGGAAUCCCACGAGCGCGUGCACACAGACGAGCGGGCGUACUCUUGCACAGAUUGCGGGAAAAGCUUUAAGCGGAAGGGAACCCUGACGCAACAUCGACUGAUUCAUACGGGAGAGCGGCCGUUUGCCUGCACUCUUUGUCGAGUACGUUUUACCACCAAUAAGCAUCUGAAACUGCACAUGAUGUGUCACACGGGGGAGAGGCCUUUUAAAUGUCCGGUUUGUGGGAAGGGCUUUAGACAGAAAGGCGAUUUGAGGCAACAUCAACCUUUGUGUUCCUAGUUGCCUUGGCGCUCAAGAGUUAAGAUAAAAGAGUUCUUAUGUUCUUAUUGUGUCUGGCAGUAUUCAGACGUAAUGUACUUCCGUCUCACCCUGCGUUCAUAACAUCUGGUACAUUUGUGAAUAGCAGCAAUCCGACUGAAAAAUCCACUUGAACGCCUCUCCAACUGGUAAUUACUUGUCGGGAAACUCGUCUGUCAUCUCUGAGCUUCCGACUUCUGCCACAUGCUGAACUCUGAUGUCACAUACAAAGGACAUGACCUUUGAUAACAGCAUUUUUAGCAGUUAAAUGCAACAACAAAACAUUAUUUAUAAAAAUAAAAUAAAAAAUCUAUUCAUGUUUUUUGAAAACAAGUUGUUAGUGAGCAGGUUGCUGUUUAUGGUUGACACAGCUUUGCCAUCAGCCAAUCAGCGUUUUCUAAAUUGGUUCAAAGCAUGUGAAUGUACUCAACUCGUUGCUCCCAGUUUCCCGUUUUGCCGUGAAGGCAGCAUAAAGCCCGCGGGAAGUGCCGCAGGUGCAUUCCAAGAAGGUUUGGAAUGGAGACUUCAACUUACGAUUUUGACGAGGUUAUCAAUUAGCCUAUUAGACGAAUGUCAAUAGGGAUGUUUCCAAAUGCAAUACAUCUUAUUCCGCCCGUCGCAUAAAUAAGACCUAUUAAGUACGACAGGAAUGGUUUAAUUUCUUUGUCUUGCACAAUUGUCCAUGGCUGUCUUAUUGCAACGAUCCAUAACUUUCUGAGAGGAGAUCAAUAUUGUCGGGUAUCUGAUUCGAGGAAUCACUGAAGACUGAAAUGCUGAUAAAAUGCUGUUGGAACAGACCUCUCAGUGGGCAGAUGUUCCGUUGGGUUCAUUGUUUAGGAGUAUGAUGCAUUGCCCAGUUGUAACAGACCUCUCAGUGGACAGAUGUUCCACUGGGUUCAUUGUUUAGGAGUAUGAUGCACUGCCCUGUUGUAACAGACCUCUCAGUGGGCAGAUGUUCCAUUGGGUUCAUUGUUUAGGAGGAUGAUGCCCUGCCCUGUUGUAACAGACCUCUCAGUGGGCAGAUGUUCCAUUGGGUUCAUUGUUUAGGAGUAUGAUGCACUGCCCUGUUGUAACAGAUCUCUCAGUGGGCAGAUGUUCUAUUGGGUUCAUUGUUUAGGAGGAUGAUGAGGCACUGCCCUGUUGGAACAGACCUCUCAGUGGGCAGAUGUUCCAUUGGGUUCAUUGUUUAGGAGGAGGAUGAGGCACUGCCCAGUUGUAACAGACCUCUCAGUGGGCAGAUGUUCCAUUGGGUUCAUUGUUUAGGAUGAUGCCCUGCCCUGUUGUAACAGACCUCUCAGUGGGCAGAUGUUCCACUGGGUUCAUUGUUUAGGAUGAUGCACUGCCCUGUUGUAACAGAUCUCUCAGUGGGCAGAUGUUCCAUUGGGUUCAUUGUUUAGGAGGAUGAUGCCCUGCCCUGUUGUAACAGACCUCUCAGUGGGCAGAUGUUCUAUUGGGUUCAUUGUUUAGGAGGAUGAUGAUGCACUGCCCUGUUGUAACAGACCUCUCAGUGGGCAGAUGUUCCACUGGGUUCAUUGUUUAGGAGUAUGAUGCACUGCCCUGUUGUAACAGAUCUCUGUGGGCAGAUGUUCCACUGGGUUCAUUGUUUAGGAUGAUGAGGCACUGCCCUGUUGUAACAGACCUCUCAGUGGGCAGAUGUUCCACUGGGUUCAUUGUUUAGGAGGAUGAUGAUGCACUGCCCUGUUGUAACAGAUCUCUCAGUGGGCAGAUGUUCCAUUGGGUUCAUUGUUUAGGAGGAUGAUGAUGCACUGCCCAGUUGUAACAGACCUCUCAGUGGGCAGAUGUUCCACUUCUACUAUUUCCACACAAAAAAACCCUGUUACUUUUAGUUCAUUUUGAAUUCUCCAUAUUGAAUGAGUUAAUAUUGAAUGAGUUAAUUUUGAAUUCUCCAUAUUGAAUGAAAUAAUCUAAUCUGUUGAAAAAGGUUUAUUUUUUUUAAUGACAAACUUCUUAGCUUUGUAAAACAGCUAAUUGUAUAUAUCCUUUACAAAACUGCAACUAUAUGUCUACAAUAAUUGUAAUAUAAUAAACAUAACAGCAACCCAUG